AUGGUUUCCACAGAGGUAAUUGUGUCGCUACAAGAGGAAUUGUACACCGAUAUCAUCGUAGACAGCGACAUUUGCACGGUAGAAAACACGGAGUUAGUUGGCUGCUACAAUUGCGAAAAGGGCGCCUAUGCUAAGAUCAAGUGUUUUGCCUCUCGAUCAAGUGAAGCCGAAAUCAUUUGUGAUUCAACAAGUUUCACGGCUCCGUGCGGCAGACAGGGAAUUGAGUCGAUAAUGAGAAUAAGCGCUACGCAAGCAAUGAUGCACAUGAAAUGUUCAGUUUCGUGUGGAGAGGUUGUCACUAAAUUCGAGGUUGGAGGAAUCCUCAAAUACACCGCGACCUUCCAAACAGUGCUUUAUAAGUGGCUAACAAGCCUCACCGCGGCAGAACUCGAUGGCGAAACCACAUUCCUCUCGGCCAUGCUAAACACAGCAAGUCCUCAAGCCGAAUUCUUGGAACCUCAACUGCAAGCUAUUCUGAACUCGCUGCACAAGCAACUCAAUGUCGCUACCACCCAAAGACUUGACUGGACGUCACUCCAGACUGAAGCAAGUUUUCGAGAAGCACCAAUAGAAUCCGACCGCCAAGUUCAGGCCGGACUUAUUCCAAGAGCACGACGAUUCCAAUGGCUAGAGAGAGGCUCAAAACAAGAACAUGAUAACAUGGAGGAACACUUAGUCAAGCUCGAGAGCAAACAGAGUAUCGAUGAGGAAACAACACUGGCAGUCCGAUGCCAGCAGUUGCAGAAACAACUCGACAAUCUCGAACUCGAACGAGCAGAACAAGUUGCAAAACUGGAAAAGGAAAAUGAGGAGUGCCAAAAGGAGAUAUCCGUACUCAAGGAACAAGCUAAAAGUCAGCAGGAGGAAGCCCAGGCUGACUGGAUCCAGCAGAUUGAGGAAGCCGCUCACAAAAGCGAAGACGACCAGAAAGAAAUCGCACUUUUAAAGGAAAAAAUCAAGUUGGGCGAUGACGAAUUGAAAGCAGCCUUCUCUAGUAUGGAAAAACUAAAAGAUAAACUAUCUACUCUAGAGGACGAGCUAGACACAAAGACAAGGAACGCAGGAGCACUUAUCAACAACCUCGGGACCCUGCUAGACAAGAACGAAAAGAAGAAAAUGGAACUAGCCGAGCUGAGACAAGAGUUGAAAGAGGAAAAAUCGCGAUCGGAGGAGAUGACUCAAAAGAUGAAA